AUGCGACGCUUAUAUCCAUUCCUGUUAAUCGCCAUUGCUGGCGGGAGACCAUCUGCAAAUCCUCACCAUCAUCAAGUCUUGGUCCUAGGCGGUGGCGUCGCGGGCAUUAUCGCAGCACGAAGCCUCCACACUAAGGGCGUUGACGACUUCGUUAUCAUCGAGGCGCGAGAUGAACUUGGAGGUCGGAUGCGAAGUCACAACUUUGGUGGGAUGACUGUUGAAGUCGGUGCUAAUUGGAUACAAGGAACUCAAGUGCCCGGUGGGCCCGCCAACCCCAUCCUUGACCUGGCCAUCAAGCACAACUUGAAGACUCGCGCUAAUGAUUGGUUUGGCACAGCAACGUACGACAGCAAGGGCGCGACUGAUUAUCUUGACGUCUUCAAAGCUUCAGUUGAUCACUUUUCCAAUUUAACGGUUCUUGCAGGGACUCGCGUUGACAAGAAGUUGGUUGACGUGACUGGGCGAACUGGCUAUUCGUUAAUCCCGCCGAGGAAAACGGACGACCACUCACGGGCAUCGGAAUAUUACCAAUUUGAUUGGGAGUAUGCUCAGACGCCUGAGGAGUCGUCUUUGAUCGCAGCUGUUUGGGGAAACAACUUCACUUACAAUACAGACGAGGGCGGGUUCUCUGAUGAUAAUCAAAUGUCCAUUGACCAGCGUGGCUUCAAGUACUUGAUCCAACAAGAGGCUCAAGAAUUCAUAAAGCCCGGAAAUCUGAUGCUAAACGCUACUGUCAAAUCUAUAUCAUACUCAAACAGCGGCGUUACAGUUACACUCACUGAUGGAAAGAAAGUAACAGGAAGUUAUGCUAUUUGUACCUUCAGCUUGGGGGUCCUUCAAAAUAAUCGCGUCGAGUUCCAGCCACCAUUGCCGGCCUUCAAAGUGGAGGCCAUUCAGAGCAUGACUAUGGCAACAUAUACAAAAGUGUUCCUCCGCUUUCCCAAGAAGUUCUGGUUCGAUACGGAGAUGGCUCUAUAUGCGGACGCCGAACGGGGACGCUAUCCGGUAUGGCAGAGCCUUGAUCAUCCCAAUUUCUUCCCCGGAUCUAGAAUUCUCUUCGUGACAGUAACUGGUGAUUACUCGUUAAGAAUAGAACACUUAUCUGAUUCACAAGUCAAGAGCGAGAUUAUGGGUGUAUUGAGAACAAUGUUCCCAAACGUCACAGUUCCAGAACCCACAGACUUUUUCUUUCAGCGGUGGAAUGAUGAUCCCUUGUAUCAUGGCUCAUAUUCAAAUUGGCCCCCAUCUUUUUUUAGUGAACAUCAUGACAAUCUCCGUGCUAAUGUCGGCAAUCUGUACUUUGCAGGGGAGGCUACAAGUACCAAAUAUUUUGGGUUUUUGCAUGGAGCAUAUUUUGAAGGACUUGCCAUUGGUCAGAUGGUUGCGGGUUGCAUUCAUGGUGAAGGAUGUGUAGGUUUGAAGCAGGUGAACGAUAUUAUCAACUUGCAUCCAUACGAGAUACCCAAUGGUACUUCAGGUUAA